GGUUGUUACAUUGGCCGUAUUAGAAGCCAGGGUUGGGCUAGGUCGGCUCUUUGCAGCUGCGGGCGGCUGAGCGAGCACGUGAAGCGGAGAACCCGGGAGCGCCCAGCCCAGGCUCCAGAGCAGCGGCGCCCGCCAAGGAGGGAGGAUGAUAAACGUGUCAGCAGUGUGGUUGUUAGCCCUCUUCGUGCAGGCAGCGUGCUCGCAAACUACAAAUCUAAACCUUCCUCCUGAAGACCUGGACUCAUCUGGCGAUGAUGAAGAUGCUUUUUCUGGCUCUGGCGCUGGUCCCUUGACCGACCAUCCUGUGGUUGCCUUCAAUAUCUCCUUAGAACAUGCAAAUUCGUCAUCAAGGUCAACUACGUCUACUGGAGCAACUGUUCACCAACCUGCAGUUCAUGGCACUGAAAACCCAGCUGAAAAGGAAACGGUAUCAUCCCCCACUAGUGAUGUGGUGCCAGAUAAGGCUGUCCUUUCAGAUAAGGAUGAAACUCACAAACUGGGCUCAGCUGCAGAGAAACCUACAACAAAUGAGGCAGCCCUAACAAGAAGUCCAACUACUCACAGUCCUACUGUCAGAGUAACCACUGCACAAGCCUCAAGCACAGUCCAUGUAAUUGAACCUAGUAUCCAUAGCUCUAGUUCAUCUGGUGUCUCUAAAGAAACAUCUGAUCCCAACUUCACCACUAUUAGUGAGCAAGAUGUUCACUCCCCAACUACAGCAAUUCUACCCGGGGGUAUAUACCCUAUAGAUGAAAAGGAAACUACAUUUCCCGAAGAAAGCUCUGGGGAUCAGGGAGACUUUAUCUUUAGUGAAGAACGAACAAUACUAUCGGAAUCUGAACUGGUUGACUCUUCAAGAGAUGCUGAAGCUGCUGGAACUUCCCAGGGGUUAAUGGACAGGAAAGAAGUUCUAGGAGGUGUCAUUGCUGGAGGACUAGUAGGCCUGCUCUUUGCAGUGUUCCUAGUUGGAUUUAUGCUGUACAGAAUGAAGAAAAAAGAUGAAGGCAGCUAUUCAUUGGAUGAACCAAAACAAUCAAAUGGAGGAUACCAAAAACCACAGAAACAAGAAGAAUUCUAUGCAUAAAACACUAGUCUUCAGAACACUUCCCCUCUUUCUUGAACUCUUCUCCUGUCCCGGCAUACAACCUGCUUGUGGUUUUUCUGCAUUAAACUCAAGCCAUACAAUCAUCCGAUAUAACCCUUGCCACUGGAAAAUAACUACAAAUUACAUCUGGAUUCCUGGAACCUAGCCAGCUUUCUUGCACAAAUGUAUAUUCCUUUUUUAAAAAAGGAAGUGGAACAUGGGACUGCAAGCCACUAAGCUUGCUUUGGCUUAUCUAAGGACUCCUGGGAGGGAAGGAGAUGAGGGAGAGCUGGAAUGUAUGUAUAUAACUGACCUUUAGGAGAACAGCAGGAAUUAACAGCUAACAAGGCCAAAAUUAUCUGUACUAAAGAUCCUUGUUAAACUCUCAUGGCCUCCACUGUGUGUAUAGUGUAUUAGAAAGUCUCUACUGCAUUUUGACAAAGACCAACAGCUGGUACCUCAUGGUUCUUGCACUCUUUCUAGUUGCCAUGAUCAUAGCACUUAAUAGUGGCCAUAAGAUGCCAACUGGGAAAAGGAGUGGAGGGGCAAGGCAAACAAGUAUUUGAUCACUGGGUUUGGGAUUUUUAAGAGUACUAGGAAUGAGAUCCUUUAACAGUUGGAUGCAUGUACUGUUAAUUUUAACCUAGAAAUUAAAUGGUAUCUGAGCAUUAUAUCCCCACUCUGCUCCUUUUGAAGUUAAACCAAGAAAUGACUUUUGGGAACAAACCAUAUCUAAACCAUCCACAUAAGUGCCAAGUCAAGACUAGUCUUACUGGCUCAAAUAUGUUCAAGUCUUUAUAUGAGAAAUACCUUACUGUGUUCCACACCAAUGUGGGACUCUGAUGGGCAACUGGUGCCAUAUCCUAGCUAUCUACCUCUCUGCAUUGUCUGUUUGUAGUGGUGACUUUGAACUAGGUCUGCCAUGAGUGCCAUCAGACCUGUGUACAGUACAUGGCACAUAAGGUACGAAAGACAGCAAACUAAGUAUCUCUGGCUUCUUGUACUGCCAAAGACCAGGGAGCAGAGAAGCAUAUUAACUAAACUAAUCUUUCUUGCAGCUUAGAAUGGUUGUGGUGUUUUAUUGGCUCUCACUAAUAUCUACUAUAUAAGUGCUUAGGUCUUUAACUUCAGACCCAAGUAUGUCAGAAUAUUAUCUUCAGUUUUAGUAUAGAGGUGAGUGUUAGCAAUGGAUAAUUGUCAUCUCCACAGUAUCACCCAACUAGCCUAUGGAGCCAAGUCAUUAGAUUGCUUACUGAUUAGAAUAGGCCUAAACAGGAACACUUCCCAAAAGUCUCUUGUUUGGAUGAAAGUACAGUUGUUUGAAUGGGUUUUUCAAAUACAAUAGUCCUUAAUGUAAUAUACUAAGAGUAGAUGCAUUCAGUUGUAGCUUGUACAGGAUCAUUCACUUCAGUGUCUAUCUUACACCACACAUUUUUAAGAACUUUGUUUGAAGGAAAUCUUAAUUUCAACACAGACCUUGCCUCUGCUUUGCCAGCUAGAUUGAUUGUUUUUUUUAUUUUUGGUAGCCUGUUUCAAAUUGAACUCUUUUUCUGCUCAUAGUGAAGGUAUAGGGGAGGGAGAGAGUGUUUACGAUGUAAAUAUUUAUAUUGCCAAGCCAAAGGAAGUGAUCCAAGAACACUUGCUGACAGAGGCACAUGUGUUGCAUGUUCAAUUUGGAUUUUUUUUUCAAAAAUUUAAAUGAUGUGCAGGUCAUUCCUGAAUUGCUAAUUGAGUAAAUUGGUGCCUUCUCAAUUUCUCAAUAAAACUAAGAAAAUACUUGCUUCAUUCCAAACUCUCUCUGGACAAGAGAUUGCCUUGAUGUAUGAAUGUAGCUGUGUUAACCUUCUUAAAGACAAAACUGAUGUCCAUUACUGCCUUUAUUUUUACACUGAAUUUUUAUAAAUUAAUGCAACAACCAGCCUGUUAAUUAUAGCUGUAAUUCUUUGCUUUGUAUAGGAAUGUAGAAAUGCUGUUAACAGGCUUUUCUAUGAGAAUUCUUCUCAUAAACCACAGGAAACUAUAUAUUUAAAAGGGCAACGUUAGUAGUACUGCCAACCUUUCUACAGGCCAAGAAUAACUGUAUAUUUUGGUAAUCUAAAUGGAUAACUAGAGUUAUUGACAUACAGGAAGUUUUGUAUUUAAGUGGUGCAAUUAAACAUAAUUUUAAUGGAAUAUACUUCAGUUGGUUAUCUGUACACAUGCAAUAAAUGGCGUUUUUGGCAAAUAA